AUGGUUGAAAUAAGAAAUUGUUCAAAUAUUGCUAUUAAUCAAAUAUCAACAUCUAAUGUUAAUUUAAUUAAAAAUAAUAAUACAGAUAAAGAUCAUUUACAUAAUGAAUUAUUAUUAAAUGUUUCAAAUUAUUCAUUUAUUCCAAAACAAACAUUAAUAAUGAAUUCUGAUCGUCUCACAGAUAAAAUAUAUCGAUUAGAAAAUAAACGAACUUCUUUAAGUUCACAAAUACAAUUUUUAAUUCAACAAUUAAAACAUGAACAUGAUACCAUUAAUAAAUCUAAACACUUACGACAACAACAAAAUCAAACAAACCUAGUCAAUCGAAAUCCAAUAAUGAAUCCUUCGACUGAUAAUCAUCGUCGGGAACAACAACAACAACAAGAAACAAUACUUAAUUCAUUUGAUUUUUUCAAUGAAAUAAAUCAUUUUAAAAUUCGUCUUGAUACAUUAGAAAAAGAACGUUAUGAACUUGAAGAAAAAGUUCGACUACUUCAAGUAGAAAAUACAACUUAUAAAAAUCGUUUUAUUCAUGAAAAUAAUGAAUGGAUAGAAUCUCGACCAACAUCAAUACACAGUGGACAUACAAAUCUAUCAUCAUUUGCUGAAAAUGAUAUCGAACGUUUGAAACGACGUAUUGAAACUCUUGUGAAAUCAAAUGAUGAAAAAGAAAGAAAAAUAGACGAUUUGCAAACUCAAUUAACUAAAUAUCAUACGGUUACAAUAACACAGAUACCAUCAAUUAACACAAACAAAGUUGAUAAUUCUAUAAAUAAUUCUAAUAUUCAUAAAUGUUCGUACGAAGCAGACGGUGAGAUAUCAGAUUCAAAUUCAUUACCAUCUCUUAAUAGUGAUAAGGAUUCCAAAUUAUCUCAGAAACCUCUAUUAUCAACAUAUAAUGAUCAUGAUUCAUUUACAAAUUCAUAUCAAAAUCCAUUAAGUAAAUUAAAACUUGAUGUAUUAUAUCGUGCUGCAAGUGCUGAACCAAUGUUGAUUCGAGAAUUUACAAAUACUCCUAUUCAUGAUACAUCAAAUAAAAAACGAACGCGUCCAUCAAAUGAUCGAAUGAAUUAUAAAUAUGAUCGAAGUGGUUAUGUAUCCGAUGGACCAAGUCGAAAAUAUUCUGCAUAUAAAAGAUCUUCAUCAACUAAUUUAGAUAAAAAUAAAUCAUCAAGUAUUAAAGGUUUAAAAAAUAUAUUUGGAAGAAUUAUUCGAACAAAUUCAGGACAUUUUAAAGAAGAUGAUGAACAAAAAUCACAAUGUUCAUUUCAACGUCAAGAUUUAAGAACUACAAUUAAUUAUGAACAAAAUUCAUCAAAAUCACUUAGUCCAAUCGAAGCAAAGUUUGUCCGUUGGCAACCAGAACAAAUUGUUAAUUGGUUAUAUGGUAUUGGUCUUGGUCAAUAUGCAAGUGAAUGUCGAAAAUAUUUUAAAAAUGGUUUACAAUUAUUACAUGCAACGCCACAAGAAUUAGAAAAAAAAAUGGGUAUGCGUAAUCCAUUACAUCGAAAAAAACUUCAAUUAUAUUUAAAUGGUCUAUGUACAGGACAAACAGAAAUUAAUUAUCUUGAUACACAUUGGGUUCUAAAAUGGCUUGAUGAUAUUGGUUUACCACAAUAUAAAGAAUAUUUUGCUGAAUCAAAAGUUGAUGGUCAAGUACUUAACAAUUUAACUCUUGAAGAUCUUAUUAAUUUAAAUAUAACAAAUGAACUUCAUCAUUUAAGUAUAAAACGUUCAAUACAAAUAUUACGUUAUAAUAAUUUUAAUCCAAUCUAUAUAAGACGACGUCCAACUUCCGAUGAUAAAAAUGAUAUAGAUGAAAUAAUGUAUUGGUCUAAUCAUCGUAUUAUGGAAUGGUUAAGAUCAAUUGAUCUAUCGGAAUAUGCACCAAAUUUACGUGGAUCUGGUGUUUGUGGUGCUCUCAUUGUUCUUGAAAUACGUUUUAAUGUUUCAACUCUAGCAGAAAUUUUAUCAAUUCCAACAUCAAGAACUUUAUUAAGACGACAUUUAUCAAUGCGUUUUCAAGAAUUAAUUGGUAAUGAUUUACAAAAUCGUAAAAAUCAAUAUGAAAAAUCUCCUAAUUGUCAACCAUUAACAUUACAUACAAAAAUAAAAUUUUCACGUGGAUUAUUUUCUCAUCGACGAACACGUUCAAUUGAUGUUGAUGAUCUUGUUUGUCCAAUGAAUGACAAUAAUAUAAUUAAUGGAAUAUCACCAUGUCUUAAACGAUAUCAACGAAAAGAAUCAUCAAUGGUUGAUGAUUUCGAAGAUGAACUUGUCCUUACACAUGAUAGUCCAACAACAGUUGUUUAA